AUGUCAGACAUUAGUGUGAUCCAACCAAUUAAACCAAUGACUUCCUCAGAGUCUCUAGAAGACGAUGCACGCGUCAAGUCUGCUUCCAAGAGUGAAGAUGUCUCCAAGAAGGUAUCUGAUAAAAAGAAACAAGUCAAACAAGACAAGGAACAGAUCUUCUUAGAUAAGAUUGGGAAGACUGAAUUCGCUUCUUUUGUCUUAGACGCUGAAGACUCUUCCGCAACUGUAUAUUCGAACCCUAAAGUCAUUCCAAUUAAUAUUGGACAACCUAUUGAUGAAAAUGAGUCUUUGCCACAUGGAUUCUCUAUUCAAGGUGGUGAGAAGAAUAAAGCGACAUGGGGAGAAGCUACUCAAGCUAUUAAAGAUGCAAUAAAAGAUGAGGUGGAGUCUUUCCAUAGAUAUGAAGUCCUUCCGUACUUCAUUAAAAGACUUAAUGAGCUUCUUGUCGUUGCUAAAAAGACGCCAAAAGUGUGUUUGAAGAAAACAACACUCAGACUUGUCUUCGACGCGGUCGACAACGCGCCGCAAAAACCGACCAUUCGCCUCUCCAAUUUCGACAAUUGUGAAUUGGACGAUACCUUCGACGUCGACCACUUCUUCUGUUUUGGCAUAACUUCACUCGUUAAGCUGUUACAAGAAUUGCACGACUCAUUCACAUCACAGGACACUGUGUUUUUGUGCAGACAUGGAUUCAGAAUCGACUACAAUGACCUCACUUGGGUCCCUAAAGCCAAAUUCCCCCAUGACCCACCUUUGUCCCCAGAAGGUUUACAACAAGGAAAAGACCUUGCAAAGAGAUUGAAAUAUGAAAAGAUCGAUCUGAUCGUUUCUUCGCCAUUUUAUAGAGCAACGCAGACCGCCAAAUGCAUAGCUGAGGAAUUAGGAAUUCACUAUGUCGUUGAACCGGCGUUUGGAGAGUUCUUGUCAAUUAACAACAGAAAGGCUCUCCCGGUGUUAGACCCGACUCCCAUGCAAGACGAGAAACUUGACAAGAACUUUGUGCCCCUUGGCGGUAAAUUAGACUUAGAGACUUGGGAAACAAUGGAACUCAGAGUGAAAAAUUGUUUGAAUGCCAUCAUGAAGAAAUAUCAUCGUGUAGCUAUUAUAUCACAUCGAUCAACACUUCAGGCUAUUCUUUCUGUUGUCGUGGGAAAGAAGUUCAAAUACCCACUUGACUUCGGAUCAGUGACUUCUUUGACACGUUCAAAGGAGGAUCAAGAGAAGUUCGAGAUCGCAAGACUUAACAUGUUCUCACACCUCAGCGUCUUCAUCGAAAACCCAUAUUACAAUCCAAACUACGCAGCAAAGAACUACACAGACAUGGUGGUGACUGCUACGGGUGAUGUUCACGAUUCAUAA